AAGCCAGUUGCCGUAUACCCACCACCAUGGCCCAUCAUGGGCCAACGGCAGUAGCGCUACAUCUACUGCUACAAAUCCACCUCGCAGUCAUGGUGUGCUCGCUUCUCCCUUCGUCAGCCGGUGCGUUCACCAGCAGCAACACUAAUGCUGUUGCCGUGGCGCCGCGGGUCCCAUGCCUGCGAUCCCAGGAGAUGGCGCUGCUUCAGCUCAAACGCUCGUUUACCGCCACCGCCUACUCCAUCACGGCGUUCCGGUCAUGGAAGGUCGGCACGGACUGCUGCGGAUGGGCGGGCGUGCACUGCGGUGACGCCGACGGUCGUGUGACUUCCCUUGACCUAGGGAGUUGGGGCCUGGAGAGCGCAGGUCUCGACCCUGCGCUUUUCGAUCUAACCUCCCUCAGGUACCUCAACCUUGCGUGGAACAAUUUCAAUUUGUCUAAACUUCCGUCCACCGGGUUUGAGCAAUUGACUAAUCUCACCAGUCUCAACCUCCCCAACACCUUCUUUUCCGGUCAAGUUCCUCACAACAUAGGCCGUCUCACCAACUUGGUCUCUCUUGACCUCUCCGUUUCCUCUGAACUUGUAGAGUUGGCCGACAAUAUGGAUAGGUAUAUAGAGGGUGACCUUGACAAUAUUGAGAGCCUAGCCGUGACAAACUUCACAUCCUUAGUUGCAAACCUCGGUAGUUUGAGGGAGCUUAAUCUUGGUGGUGUCAACCUGUCCCAGUCAACAGAUUGGUGUGAUGCUCUAUCCAUGUACGCUCGAAAUCUCCGUGUCCUUAGGUUGGAUGGUUGUAAAAUCCAUGGACCAAUCUGUGGGACAUUCUCUGCUUUACGCUCACUAUCCGUGAUUGAUCUCCAGGGUAGUUCAUUGACCGGUCAAAUACCAGAUUUCUUUGCCAACUAUUCCUUGCUCAAUGUUCUCCAGCUUAGCUACAAUCAACUCGAAGGAUGGGUUUCUCCCGAAAUCUUUGAACAUAAGAAAUUGGUGACUAUCGAUCUUUACUAUAAUCCUAAACUCUCCGGUAGCCUCCCAAAUAUCUCAGCUGAUAGUUGUCUACAAAAUUUGCUGGUUGGUCGCACCAACUUCUCUAGUACAAUACCAAGUUCCAUUGGCAAAAUCAGAUCUUUAAAAAGGCUAGGCCUUGAUGCACCUGGAUUUUCUGGAAAUCUGCCCUCAUCAAUUGGCGAGCUCAAAUCCUUGAACACAUUGAAGGUAUCAGGAUUAAAUCUAGUAGGACCUAUGCCAUCAUGGAUCACAAACUUAACUUCCUUAAAGGUUCUUAAAUUUUCUUAUUGUGGCUUAUAUGGAUCAAUACCUUCUUCCAUAGGUCAUUUGAUCAAACUAAAAAUAUUUGCAGUCAUGCAAUGCGAAGCUUCAGGGGAGAUACCUCCACACAUCUUUAAUAUGACACAAUUAGAAGAACUAGCCCUUGGUUCCAACAAUUUUACAGGAAUAGUGGAACUUAACUCGCUAUGGAGACUACCAAACCUAUCCCUCUUGGACCUAUCAAACAACAAGAUAGUAGUACAAGAGGGACAAGAAAAUUCUUCAAUGGUAUCCUUACCUAACAUACAAUUCUUAAACUUGGCGGCAUGUAGCAUCACUAAGUUCCCUAGCAUUUUAAAGCAUCUAAACUAUUGCAUAGGGCUUGACCUUUCAAAUAACCAAAUGCAUGGGGCCAUACCCCGGUGGGUAUGGGAAAAUUGGUCGACAGACCCAUCCUUUGGCCUUUUCUAUCUGGAUUUGUCACACAAUAAUUUUACUAGUGUUGGCUACGAAACCUUUCUUCCUAUUUCUUUAGUAAAGCUGGAUCUCAGUUUCAACAUGUUUGAGGGGCCAAUACCCCUACCCCAAUAUUCUGCGCAAGUGCUUGAUUACUCUAGCAACAUGUUCUCAUCCAUGCCACAUAAUUUUUCUACUCAACUUAGAGAUACUUACGUUUUCAAGGCGUCUCGAAACAAUCUAUCAGGGAAUAUUCCAACAUCUUUUUGUAUUGUUUCUGAAUUUCUUGAUCUCUCUUACAAUACCUUUAAUGGUUCAGUCCCCUCUUGCCUGAUGGAGGAUGCCAAUCCAUUGAUAGUUCUAAAUCUCAAAGAAAAUCAACUUGACGGAGAGCUUCCUGACACUAUCAACGAAAACUGCACUCUUGAGUUGCUAGACAUAAGUAGCAAUCGUAUUGAAGGGCAGUUGCCUAAAUCUCUUGUGGCUUGCAAAAGAUUGGAGGUCCUUGCUAUCGCAAACAAUAACAUAACCGGCUCUUUUCCAUGUUGGAUGAGUACACUCCCAAGACUUCAAGUCCUCAUCCUAAAACACAACAAUUUCUUUGGAUUGGUGAUACCAUCUAGCGCCAAAGAAAAAAUCACUUGGGGAUUCCCAAGCCUUCGGAUUUUGGAUAUAUCCUACAAUAACUUCUCAGGCACACUGAACAAAGAAUGGCUUUCAAAAUUAAUGGGCAUGAUAGUCGAAGUUAGUAAUGAGACAUUGGUGAUGGAAUAUUACGCUUAUUAUGGUCAACUCUACCAUCUUGGCACAAAAAUCAGAAGCAAAGGAUCAGGGAACCAAUUUGAUAAGAGAUGGAUGACCUUUGGAUUCAUUGAUCGCUCAAAUAAUACCUACCAGCUUAGCACUGAACUCACAAGCAAAGGAUCAGAGCGCCAAUUUGAUGAGAUAUGGAGGACCCUUGGAUUCCUUGAUGUCUCAAAUAAUGCUUUCCAGGGAAGCAUCCCCGCAGAUAUCGGGGGGCUUGUUUUGCUGGACGUCCUCAACAUGUCACACAACUCCUUCACAGGGCCAAUUCCAUCUCAGCUCGGUCAUUUGGCACACUUGGAGUCUUUGGACCUGUCCUCUAAUGCGCUUUCUGGGGAGAUCCCAUUGGAGUUAGCAUCGUUGGACUCACUCACAACAUUGAACCUGUCCAACAACAAGCUGAUGGGAAGCAUACCAGAAUCACCUCAUUUCAUGACAUUCUCCAACAAUUCAUUUCUUGGAAAUGAAGAUUUGUGCGGGCCUCCACUGUCAAAAGUGUGCAACAACAAAGUAAAGUCAAAUGCGAAGAAGAAAUCUGUAGAUUUUAUAUUAUUCCUAUUUGUUGGAAUAGGAUUUGGUGUUGGAUUUGCAGUUGCAGUUGUAGUGGCAUGGGGAAUUCCUGUUAGAAAACGAGCUUGAGAAAUACAGAAACCAUUCUCCAUGAUGUAUUAAAAUAAAAUAAACCUCAUGUUAGGGGAUACGCAAUCAAGGCAGUCUUGACGUCCUGUAAACCUUUAUUGCUAUUUUAUUUCAGAAAA